AAGAAAAUGAAGAGCACGGCCAGGCCCUGGAGUGCAACGGCAAAGCCAGGGAGUCACGCCACGGACCGUACAAAAUCGCUCUCCACCACCUCGACAGGAAUGAAGACCUCCAAGUCCUCAACCUCCCUUGCCUUCGAGUCUCGGCUCAGCAAGCUGAAGAGGGCAAGCAGUGAUGAUAUGCUCACAAAACCGGGGAUGACAGCAGUUUCAGGAGUGUCUAGACUGAAGAAGACCAUUACAACAGGCGCAAUUUCUGAACUUGCUGAGAGUCGACUGAAGCCCAGCACAGGAACAAUUUCAACCGCAAAGCGCACGGGGAUUCCAGGGCCUCGGGAAAUAUCAUCAUCCGUCUCCAGGGAGAGAGCUGUGUUACGUGGUCAAACCAACUCUAGGAAAACUCAGCCUAGCCCAACCUCUUCUGGUACACCCACUCCUACCAAGCACGUACGUCCCACUACCAAGUCCAAGCAAGAGAAUGAAAUUGGUGACAAAGCUGUUUUGGAGUCUCAGGUUAAAGAACUCCUGGCAGAGGCAAAGACAAAAGACUCGGAAAUUACCAAACUCCGGUGUGAACUGAAGAAAUGCAAAGAGAAAGGGUCACAUAACCCAGAAGGUAUGGGUGCGUCAGAGCAAAACUCAGAAACAUUAUCACCUGUUGAUAUAGAUCCAUUAAUACGAACUCUUCAGGAAAAAAACAGGACUUUUCAAAAAGAGCUUGCUAGCCUGGGAGAGGAAAACCGAGCUUUGAAAGAGAAGUUGCUUUACCUGGAGAACUCUCCUCUCUCAGACACAACAACAAGCAGUGGAGGCGACAGCAGCCUCCCGACUCCAACCACCCAAGAAUCUAGUUUUGGAAGCCCAUCCAAAAAUGCCUUGAAGGGUGAAACAGAUGAGCACGUGAGACAGCAUGUGAAUGGGGGCACUCUGCGUAAUUCAGGUUCCUCCAGCAGUGAUGUAACUAAAGCUUCCUUGUCACCUGAUGCAUCUGAUUUUGAACAUAUAGCAGAUAUACCUUCUAGGCCAACAUCCUCCAAUAGCAACAACUUCAAAGGUUCUAGGUGCUCCACUACAGGAAGUUCUCCAAACAAUAUUAGUGACCUUUCUGUGGCAUCUCUUACAGAGAGAAUACAAAAAAUGGAGGAGAACCACCAUAGCACAGCAGAAGAAUUGCAAGCCACUUUGCAGGAGCUGUCAGACCAACAGCAAAUGGUGCAGGAGCUGACAGCAGAAAACGAGAAGUUAGUGGAAGAAAAAGCACUCCUGGAGACUUCCUUUCGUCAACACCGAGAUAGAGCAGAACAGCUGAGUCAAGAAAUUGAAAAGCUAAUGACUGUCCUCCAAGAGAGAUCCAAGAAUGAAGAAAGUAAAGCCCAAGAAGGGAAAGUGCUUGAACUGGAACAGAAAUGCACAGAAGUUCUUGAAAAAGCACAGUUUGAAAGAGAGAAAUUGCUCAACAUCCAGCAACAGUUAACCAGCAGCCUACGGAGCUUGGAAAGGGAGCACCAAGAUGCCCAGCAGAUGAUUAAAGGCCUGAGAGAAGAAAAUGAGAAGUUGGUUAAACUUCUAGAAGUGGAACAGCAGAGCAACAACGCAGCGGCAAAAAAACUAGAGGACUGUAAGAUUGCCUUAGAAGGCCUAAAAAUUGAGAAUGGCUCACUCAAAACUCAGUUAGAAAGCGAGAAACAAAAGGCUGCGGAGAUCAGUGCAAUGGGAUGUACUGCUGACAGCUCUGAGGUGCAAGAGAUGUUGAAAGUAGCCCAUGCAGAGAAGGAUCAGUUAGAAGUAUCUUGUACAGAGCUUAAACAAGAAUUGCUGAAGGCAAACAGUGAACUGAAGCAUGUUCAGGGUCUCCUGUCUAAGGCUGAGAAUGAGUGUGGUCAACUGAAGGACAUGUGUGACCGGCAGGCUGAACAACUGAGCAGAACUAGCCAGAAGUUGCAGGAAAAAACAUCAGAGAAUGAAGCAGAUAUCAAAAAUCUGAAGGAGACGAUUUUUGAGUUGGAAGACCAGGUGGAACAGCAUCGUGCUAUAAAACUGCACAAUAACCAGCUCAUCAGUGACCUAGAGAGUAGAGCAAUGAAGCUGGAAGAACAAAAACAAGAUACAGAAAGGCAGCUAAAGGCUCUGACUAAGCAAAUGAAGGAAGACACAGAAGAGUGGAGACGUUUCCAAGCUGAUCUGCAGACUGCAGUGGUUGUGGCCAAUGAUAUUAAGUGUGAAGCCCAGCAGGAGCUGCGUGUGGUGAAGAGGAAACUUCAGGAAGAAGAGGAGAAGAGUGCCAGACUGCAGAAGGAACUGGACGAAGUGAAGGGCGGUAACAGGCUGGCAGCCGAAGAGGGAGAAUCCCUAGAAGCCGACGCAGCCAACCGCUGGCACGGAGUCUGCAUCAGCAGAGCGUCGCCCACGCCGGCCGAGUCGGCAGCCACCGUGAAGUCACUCAUCAAGUCGUUUGACUUAGGAUGCCCAGGUGGCACUGGACAGAAUAUCCCAGUUCACAAGGUCCCUAGGAGCCCUCUCAGUGGCAUUCCCGUGAGGACGGCCCCAGCGGCUGCUGUUUCCCCCAUGCAGAGACAUUCUGUUUAUAAUAAUGGAAAAACAGCCAGUAAAGGAGUUGCCAGACACACAGAUCUUUCAGACCUUCCUCUUGCAGACCUUCUGAAGGGCAGGAACGAAGAGCUGAAGCCAGACCAUUACCUCUGCAAAAGCCCUUCCCUGGAGUCCCUGAGCAAACCCCCCAUGGCCUUCAGCAGCAGAAUGCUUGCUUCCACCCCCAGCAGCUUGAAACCCCCAAGCAAACUCAGUGUGGAAAGAAAGGACCCGCUGGCAGCCCUGGCCCGGGAGUAUGGUGGUUCGAAGAGGAAUGCUCUGUUGAAGUGGUGCCAGAAGAAGACUGAGGGCUACCAGAAUAUCGACAUCACCAACUUCAGCAGCAGCUGGAGUGAUGGACUGGCCUUCUGUGCUCUCCUGCACACGUAUUUGCCUGCACAUAUUCCUUACCAGGAGCUCAAUGGCCAGGAUAAAAAGAGAAAUCUGAUGUUAGCAUUUCAAGCUGCUGAAAGUGUAGGCAUCAAACCAAGUCUGGAGCUCAGUGAGAUGAUGUACACGGACCGGCCGGACUGGCAGAGUGUGAUGCAGUACGUCGCCCAGAUUUACAAGUACUUUGAGACCUGAGAUGCAGAACAAGAGAUGGGCAGAAGUGGAGAGAGACUGAAGAAAGCUACAGAUGCACUCAAUCACUUUAAAAAUCCCCUCACUCCUCUUCCACAAACAUCCUAAGCUCUUAGUCUGAAAGAAAGCUCUUCCGUAAUUGGGAUCACAUCUGGGACUACAACCAACUAUGCAUUGUCCACCUUUACAAACCAAAUUCAUCUGUAAUUUUAUUCCCACAUGGAAACUGCAAAGCGUUUUCUACCAGCUCCAGGAGUUUUCUGAA